AUGUCGCAGGAGAAGCCCCUUCCCUUCAUAUACCAGUUCGCCGCUGGCGCGGUCGCUGGUGUUUCCGAGGCAAAUCCUGGUUAUUCAAGACUCGAGUGUAUGUUCCCCGAGAUCCAGCGCCUCGACUCCGACACCUCUCACACACGUAACAGGCAACUCCAGACCGGUGCGGCCACCGGCGCCGACCACUACAAUGGCAUGUUGGACUGCUUCAGGAAGAUCAUCAAGCACGAGGGCGCUUCGAGACUCUACAGAGGCAUCACGGCCCCGAUUCUGAUGGAGGCGCCCAAGCGAGCCACCAAGUUCGCCGCCAACGACGAGUGGGGCAAGGUCUACAGGAAGGCCUUCGGCUACGAAAACAUGACCCAGGGCUUGUCCAUCUUGACUGGUGCCUCAGCUGGUGCCACCGAGUCCUUCGUUGUUGUUCCAUUCGAGCUUGUCAAGAUUAGACUGCAGAACAAGGCCUCUGCUAGUCUCUACAGCGGUCCCCUCGAUGUCGUGAGCAAGACCAUCAAGAACGAGGGCAUCUUCGCCUUGUACAAUGGUCUCGAGAGCACCAUGUGGAGACACGUUCUCUGGAACGCUGGCUACUUUGGUGUCAUCUUCCAGGUCCGUGGAUUGCUGCCCGAGGCGACCACCAAGAAAGGCAAGGUCACCAACGACCUGAUCUCUGGUGCCAUUGGUGGAACAGUCGGUACCAUCCUGAACACUCCCAUGGAUGUUGUCAAGUCCCGUAUCCAGAACAGCCCCAAGGUCGCCGGCACGGUACCCAAGUACAACUGGGCAUGGGGAGCCUGUGGCACUGUCAUGAAGGAGGAAGGUUUCGCUGCCCUCUAUAAGGGAUUCUUGCCCAAGGUGCUCAGACUUGGACCUGGUGGUGGCAUUCUCCUCGUCGUCUACACUGGUGUUAUGGACUUCUUCCGCAACAUGAGGGCUGGAACAGCUUAA